GAAGCUAUGGCUGAUUUAUAUUCAUGGCGGGGCAUGGAGAGACCCCGAUAUAGAUUCAAAAAGCUUUGAGCCAGCUGUGUCCGAGCUCUGGAAUUCUUCAAUGAGAGGUUCAAUCGCAGGCUUUGCAUCCAUCAACUAUCGAUUGUCACCCUACCCCUCUCAUCCUGCGAAUCCAAGUUCACCAGACGACCCAUCCCGCAAUGUGCGCUAUCCGACCCAUCUGUUGGAUGUGGAACAUGCUAUCCUCUAUCUUAGGGAUCAAUAUAACAUAGCGAAUCGGUAUAUACUUGUGGGACAUUCUGCCGGCGCAACGAUGGCUUUCGAGUUGCGCAAUUGGUAUGUCCACAAUAAGAUACCAACCCCAGCCGCUGUGCUUGGUGUUGAGGGAAUAUAUCAUUUUGAAGCCUUUAUCAAAGCACAUAGUGAGGUACCAGCCUACCAAGAGUUUAUGGAGAACGCCUUCCCCGAUAAGACAUUGUGGGAGAAAGCUGCUCCAUAUACAAAUCGAGAAUGCGAUUUCGCCACCUGGGAACAUGCCAAAGCGGUCAUAAUCGCCCAUUCCGAUCAAGAUGAGCUGGUCGAAAAGGCGCAAGCCUUGUUCAUGUUGGAGCGAGCCUCCAUGACACCUCGCUUCAAAGAGAAGGUUCAUUUCCUGGAGGCUAGUGGUUCUCACGAUGAAAUAUGGCAAAGCGGACAUAUAUUGGCCGACCUAAUCACCAAGUCCAUUAAAAUACUGCAACAAACAGUAUAGUGAUAAGUAAGGUAGACAAAUUGCCUGGACGAAUUGCCUGGGUUGGGGAAAGCUCUAGAGCGUCGUCAGAUAUGCAGGCCUUCCCUGUGUCUGGACGGGGAGCCUUGAAAUGCGUCAUGCUCGAUCAUCCAUGUCUCUGGGCAGACCUCUGGAGGCUUGCUUUGAUAUGGACUGUUAGUAUACCGCUCAAUAGGAGCUCAACCUACAUAAUUCAGCUAUGAUCCAGCAG